AUGACUCCGGAGAUUGGAAGCCUUCGAGCCCUCAAGAACGGCGACAGCCAAUACGUCGGCAGUUCCUCAGGCGUCUACUUCAUCAACACCGUCCGCAGGGCAUUCGCCACCGCUCCGGAUGCGGAAUCAGAAAAUAGACAGCACACCAGCGAAAACGGCGAGCAACUGCUCAAUGAUCCGUCGCCAGAGGACUGUAUCGUCGGCGGAGAUGAGCAGGGCGGUCGCAACAUGGGACUGGAGGCUGGAGCAUCAGGCGAAGCCGGCAUUGCCCAGACAAAUGAUCAACGCCAACCAGCAACUGCAAGCCCAUCCUUUGAUUUGAGCAAUAUGCCUGACUACGCAAUAGCUAGGCAACUAGUCUUGACAUAUUUCCGUAUUUGGCAUCCUCUCGUUCCCUUCCUCCAUGGACCAGAAUGCCUCUCCCAGCUAGACGCCCUCUACCGCGACCCAUCAACCACACCUCUCAGCCGUCUCGUCACUUUUAAAUGCAUCUUCAACAUCGCUCGCCUCGAGAACGAUAAUAUGCCUGAACUAUCGUCUAUGUCCAUUCGCUCGGCUUCUGAUCUCCUCCCCACGCUAGGCCUCCUCGCUCUCCCGUGCGACAUCCCUUCCAUCCAAGCCCUCCUCGCCGCCCAGGUCUACUUCAUAUCGACAAUGUCCCUCCGGCACGCGUCAUCCGUCGGUGGGCUAAUAUCAAGAUCCAUAUUUCAGACGGGCAUGCACCGUUGUCCGUUCCGGUACUGGCACUUGUCCCCUGAAGACCGGGAUAUGCGGAAACGCAUCUUCUGGAGCUUUUACGUACUUGAUCGCUUUCUGAGCCAGUCCCUGGGGCAUCCAAAUGGGAUACAGGAUUCUGAUAUCGAUGUUUGUGCACCUGGCCAUCGAGACUUGCAUGAACCAGUUGCGCAGUCACCGUUUUCACCUGAGACUCCAAGUGGGCCAUCGAGGAGAGCAGCGGCCAUUCUCCAGCACCGCCGAGAAACCCAGUCAGUUUUGGAAAACCACGUGCGGUACUCCCAGCUAGUGGGGAGGUUACUCGAGAUAUUUCACAAGUCGAUACCUGAUAGAGGAGCCGACGAUCAGACUGUUCUCUUCCUCAAAGCAGACGUGUCAGCAUGGGGAAACAAUUUGACCCAACCACGCCUCGAUGCAAGGACCAAACAGGAAAAUCCAGAGCUUACACCAGAACCUACAGUCUUCCCUUUUGUUUUGUAUCAUUACUGCGUCCUCCUUCUCAACAGGCCUGCUCUAUCCCUAGAUCCCUCGAGCGCCGAAUUCAGGGCCGGCUUGCAGGUAUGCAUCGGAGCUGCGACCAGUAUUAUCGAGACUGUUGGAAAGUACUCGGACCUUGAGGGACCUUUAUUCUGGCCAGGGUAUAUGACUGCUGUCUGGAUGAGUGGCCUCGUUUUGGCUCUUGCCACACGGCUCCAGUCAUAUAGUCCAGUCAAGGCCAUAUCUGGGAUAUCAUCCGCUUUGGGUCUCCUGACUGCCAUGAGCAAUCGCUGGCACAUGGCAAAAGACUGUAAAGAGGUGUUGUCCAUGUUAUUGAGCAGCAUU